AUGGGCCGUGUUCUUCUCAAGGUUAUCAUUUUGGGCGAUAGUGGCGUCGGGAAGACAUCCUUGAUGAACCAAUAUGUCAACAAGCGAUUCAGCAAUCAGUACAAGGCAACUAUCGGUGCAGACUUCUUAACGAAGGAGGUCAUGGUGGAUGAUCGUUUGGUGACAAUGCAGCUCUGGGAUACUGCAGGUCAAGAGCGGUUCCAGUCUUUGGGCGUCGCGUUCUACCGUGGAGCCGACUGCUGUGUCCUGGUUUACGAUGUGAACAGUGCCAAAUCUUUCGAAACUCUCGACAGCUGGAGGGACGAAUUCUUAAUUCAAGCAAGUCCUCAUGAUCCCGAGAACUUCCCUUUCGUGGUGCUAGGAAACAAGAUUGAUGUGGAGGAAGGCAAGCGACAGGUGACCCAGAAACGGGCCAUGGCAUGGUGCCAAUCCAAGGGAAACAUUCCUUAUUUUGAGACCUCGGCGAAGGAGGCCAUCAACGUCGAGCAAGCGUUCCAGACAGUUGCGAAGAAUGCGCUUCAACAAGAGGCGGAGGAACAGCUUUACGUCGAUUACCCCGACCCCAUCCAAUUGGAUUCUGAGAGUUCUCAGAAUUAUGGCUGCAACUGUUAAGGUUUCUCUGUCAAUACUAUUACUCAACGUUCAACCUGUUACUGUUAUGUUAGUAUAUGCAUUGGGCUCCUGUACACACACACACACAUAAUUCUAGUUCUUG